AUGGGGGCUGUGAACGAGACAGGUGACUGUCUGCUGAUGAACAGGGUCCUAGAGAAGUACUAUCUUUCCACCAUGUACAGCCUUGAGUUCAUUGUAGGCUUCAUUGGGAACACCAUUGUCGUGUUUGGCUACAUUUUCUGCCUGAAACACUGGAAAAGUUGCAACAUCUACCUGUUCAAUUUAUCCAUAUCAGAUUUACUGUUUCUAUGUACUCUCCCAAUAGUGGUGAACAGCUACGCCAGGGAUCAGUGGCUAAAGGAGAACACCUUGUGCCGCAGCAACAGGUUCCUGUUGCACGCAAACCUGUACAGCAGCAUCCUGUUCCUCACCGUGAUCAGCGUUGACCGGUACAUGCUCAUGAAACACCCCUUCAGACAGCAUUUUCUACAGAAGAGGAAAACAGCUCUCGUUGUGUCUGUUGCUGGGUGGAUCUGGGUCAUACUGGAACUGCUGCCAUUGAUGUAUUUCCUGGAGCCCGUCACACCUGCCAAUAAUUACAAGUGCCUUGACUACGCCAGCUCUGGAGACCCCGGGAAAAGCCUCAUCUACAGCAUGUUCCUGACUGUCUUUGGGUUCCUUAUCCCUCUCUUGCUCAUGUGUUGCUUCUAUGUGAAGAUGGUUCUUUUUCUUAAGAACAGGAACGAGCAGCUCAGCUCUCCUGUGACCCUUGAGAAACCCCUCACUCUGCUUGUGCUCAUGGUGGUGAUCUUCUCCGUGCUCUUCACCCCCUAUCACAUAAUGCGCAACGUCCGGAUCGCUUCCCGAAUACCCUCCUCCAACGUCUCUGACUGCACUCAGAGCAUCAUCAACACCAUCUACAUCAUCACCAGACCCAUUGCCUUCUUAAACAGUGCUAUUAAUCCUGUCUUUUAUUUCUUAGUGGGCGACCACUUCAGAGAGAUGCUGAUGGCAAAAAUAAGGCAUCUCUUGAGCAGGCUGACAGCUCCCAGCAAAUGAGUGAAUGAGGAGGCCUCGGGUAGUGGGAGGUGGAUGGGGAGGAGGCUUGUCUAGAGAGAGCCUUCAGCAAUGUACAGGGCCUUUUUUUUUUUCAGAUAGCUUUAUUUGUGCUGUAAAAUACAUGUGAGCUGAUUGUGCACCUCUAAAUGCACGUGUUCCCUUCUUGUACAGGAGACCUCCUUCUGCCAAUCUGACUCCAGCAAAGCACAAGUGUUCACUCCCAAAGUGCAGCAGCAAACUGUGCUCUCGUAGUAGGGUACCCUAUGGCAUGUGAA